AUGAAUAAUUGGCAGCAUUUCUUCAACAAUCCUGUUGAUCUUUCGGAACACUUGAAGAAACCAUACUUUCGCUUCGAUAAUAGGGAUAAGGAAGUUACAGCGAUUAGCUUCGAUGAGAAGGCAAAUUUAAUUUGGAGUGGAGACAGCUAUGGUUGCAUUUCCUCAUAUGAUCCAACAUUCCAACUUUAUACAAGAUAUAGGGGUCACAUAGGUGGAAAUUCUGUGAAGGAUAUCCUUAGUCAUCGGGAUGGUAUCCUAUCUAUUAGUGAAGAUUCAUUACACUUUGCUAAUAGAAGAGGUGUUACUAAACUGAAUCUGACUAGUAUCGAUAUUGCUGCAUUUAGCGAAUUGAACACCAUGUGCUAUUCUCCUCAUUCACUGAAAAACAAUAUUUACUGUGGGGGUGAUAACACAAAUUGGGGGAUUGCGUCCAUUGACUUGAACAAGGGUUGUUUGGAUUCACUUUUGAAUUAUUCAUCUAAAGUGAAGUUACUGUGCUCUAAUAAUAAAGUAUUGUCUAUCGGAAGACAAACAGGGACUGUAGAUUUGCUAGACCCAACAUCCAAUCGUACAAUUAAAUCAUUUAAUGCACACUCUGCAUCCAUAUCCGCUAUGGAUUUACGUGAUAAUACCUUAGUCACGGUAGGGAAGUCCAAGAGAUUUUAUAAUUUAUACGCGGACCCGUUUGUGAAUGUUUACGACCUAAGAACAAUGCGCCAACUCCCUCCUGUUUCGUUUUCUAAAGGAACAACUAUGGGUUCUGGAGGUGCGGACUUUGUUCAAUUACAUCCAUUACUUCCUACUGUUAUGAUCGUCGCCUCCAGUUCUGGCUCUUUUGAUUUUAUCGAUCUUUCGAAUCCCACUUUAAGGACACAAUAUGUUCAUCCUUGCCAAUCAAUUAAAAAGUUAUCUUUAUCCCCCAAUGGUGAUGUAUUGGGCAUACUAGAGGCCGAUAACCACCUAGACACAUGGAGGAGAUCGUCAAACAAUAUGGGAAUGUUUACCAAUACCCCCGAAAUGCUGGCAUAUCCUGAUUAUUUUAACGACAUUACCUCUGACGCCCCUAUAUCUGUCGACGAUGAAACUUAUCCAUUGAGUUCUGUAGGCAUGCCUUAUUAUCUUGAUAAGCUUUUAUCUGCGUGGCCUCAUGUGGUAUUUAAAAGUGAAGGCACCAUACCACAGUUAACAGGUAAGGCGCCCUUACCAUCGAGCGGCAAACUAAAAAGUAACACUGCUGUGAUCUCAAGUCAAAACGAGAAGUUGAGCACACAAGAAUUCCCCCUGCUAAGAUAUGAUCGCACCAAAUAUGGCAUGAGAAACGCUGUACCAGAUUACGUUUGCCUAACAGAUUUAAGGAAACAGAUAACAACCGGUUUAGAAACCAGUGAUAUACAGACGUAUACUGCAAUCAAUAAGUACGAAGUACCUCCCGCGUACAGUAGACUUCCACUGACAUCAGGUAGAUUUGGUACGGAUAAUUUUGAUUUCAAGCCCUUUAAUAACACUGAAUAUUCUGGAUUGGAUCCAGAUGUUGAUAAUCACUAUACAAAUGCUAUCAUACAAUUGUAUCGCUUUAUUCCGGAAAUGUUUAACUUCGUUGUCGGGUGUUUGAAAGAUGAAAAUUUCGAAACAACCUUAUUAACCGAUCUCGGCUACCUCUUCGAUAUGAUGGAAAGAUCACAUGGAAAGAUAUGUAGCUCUUCUAACUUCCAAGCAUCAUUGAAAUCCUUGACUGAUCAAAGACAGUUACAUAACGAUGCACCACAAGAGCACUUAGAAGAGUAUUUAGAAUCUCUGUGCAUAGGGGAAAGCAUUGAAGAUUUUAAUUCCUCUGAAAGUAUUAAACGCAAUAUGCCUCAAAAGUUCAACAGAUUCCUGCUGUCACAACUAAUCAAGGAGGAAGCGCAAACUGUUAACCAUAAUAUCACCCUAAAUCAAUGCUUUGGUUUGGAAACAGAAAUAAGAACAGAGUGCAGCUGUGAUCACUACGACACUACCGUCAAACUUCUACCCUCCUUAUCAAUAUCAGGAAUCAAUAAAACGGUGAUCAAACAAUUGAACAAGAAGAGUAAUGGACAAAACAUUUUGCCAUACAUUGAGUACGCUAUGAAAAGCGUAACUCAAAGGAACAGUAUUUGCCCCACCUGUGGCAAAACCGAGAUUAUCACCCAGGAGUGCACUGUCAAGAAUUUGCCUUCAGUACUAUCAUUGGAGUUAUCGCUAUUAGAUGCCGAAUUGUCUAACAUAAGAUCAUCGAAGAACUGGUUGACCAGUGAAUUUUAUGGAAGCAUCAUAAAAAACAAGGCAGUUCUACGAUCAACGGCGUCCGAGUUGAAAGGCACAAGCCACAUAUUUAAAUACGAAUUGAAUGGUUACGUAGCUAAAAUCACUGAUAACAAUAACGAGACACGUUUAGUAACAUACAUCAGAAAAUAUAAUCCAAAGGAGAAUGGCUUCAAGUGGCUCAUGUUUAAUGAUUAUUUGGUUGUUGAGAUUUCAGAAGAAGAGGCGCUUAAGAUGUCGUACCCUUGGAAGACACCAGAAAUUAUCAUAUAUUGUGACGCGGAGGAACUACGGAAACCUUUCUUUUCUGUUGAUACGUACUCCAUCAACUAUGAUAUACUGUUUCGUGAUUAUUUCGCAAACGGAAUAAGAAAUACUGCAAGACGUGAAUAUAAGUUAUUAACGCAUGAUGAAGCACCAAAAUCUGGAACCUUGGUCGCCAUCGAUGCCGAAUUUGUCUCAUUACAAAGCGAACUGUGUGAAAUUGAUCACCAAGGAAUCAGAAGUAUUAUCAGACCUAAAAGAACUGCUUUAGCCAGAAUAUCCAUCAUUAGAGGCGAAGAAGGGGAACUAUAUGGGGUACCCUUCGUCGACGAUUACGUGGUAAACACGAACCACAUAGAAGACUAUUUAACAAGAUACAGUGGAAUACUUCCCGGUGACUUGGACCCUGAAAAGAGUACUAAAAGGCUUGUGAAAAGAAACGUCGUAUAUCGGAAAGUCUGGCUGCUAAUGCAGCUUGGGUGUGUAUUUGUUGGUCAUGGUUUGAAUAACGACUUUAAGCACAUCAAUAUUAAUGUCCCGAGAAACCAAAUUCGCGACACUGCCAUAUACUUCCUACAAGGAAAGAGAUAUCUUUCAUUGCGUUAUUUGGCAUAUGUGUUGUUAGGAAUGAAUAUCCAAGAGGGAAAUCACGAUUCGAUUGAGGAUGCCCAUACCGCCUUAAUUCUUUACAGAAAAUAUCUCGACUUGAAACAGAAAACUAUUUUUGACAAGGUCCUGAACAGUGUAUAUGAAGAAGGCAGAGCCCACAAUUUCAAAGUCCCAGAAACUGUAAAGGGAUAA